AGGGCAGAGGGAAGUCUGCGGGAGAGAGCUACCCUUUCAGGGUCCCAGGCAACAGAGGCAGCAUCUCCAGUGAGCUGGAAAGAUCCGCUGGGCAUCUUUCAGCUCUUGUCACCCUCUGAGGCUCCAGCUGGAAACACAGGGUGCUUGCCGAGUUGGUGACAGAGCUGGUACGCUCAGGCCCCCUGUGCCCAUCUUCUCUCCAUACCCCAGCAUGGAGGAAGGUGAUUUUGACAACUACGAUGGGGCAGACAACCAGUCUGAGUGUGAGUACACAGACUGGAAGUCCUCAGGGGCGCUCAUCCCUGCCAUCUACCUGCUGGUCUUCCUUCUGGGCACCACGGGCAACGGCCUGGUGCUCUGGACGGUGUUUCGGAGCAGCCGAGAGAAGAGACGUUCAGCUGACAUCUUCAUCGCCAGCCUGGCGGUGGCCGAUCUGACCUUCGUGGUGACCUUGCCCCUGUGGGCCACCUACACCUACCGGGAUUUUGACUGGCCCUUUGGGACCUUCGUCUGCAAGCUCAGCAGCUACCUCAUCUUCGUCAACAUGUACGCCAGCGUCUUCUGCCUCACCGGGCUCAGUUUUGAUCGCUACCUGGCCAUCGUGAGGCCCGUGGCCAACGCUCGGCUGAGGCUGCGUGUCAGCGGGGCCGUGGCCACCGCCGUGCUGUGGGUGCUGGCUGCCCUUCUGGCGGUGCCUGUCAUGGUAUUCCGUACCACUGGGGACAUGGACAACAGCACCAAGGUACAGUGUUAUAUGGACUACUCCCUCGUGGCCACCACCAGCUCAGAGUGGGCCUGGGAGGUGGGCCUGGGCAUCUCAUCCACUGCCGUGGGCUUUGUGAUCCCUUUCACGGUCAUGUUGACCUGUUACUUCUUCAUCGCCCAAACCAUUGCGGGUCACUUCCGCAAGGAGCGCAUCGAAGGCCUUCGGAAGCGCCGGCGGCUGCUCAGCAUCAUCGUGGUGCUGGUGGUGACCUUUGCCCUGUGCUGGAUGCCUUACCACCUGGUCAAGACGCUGUACAUGCUGGGCAGCCUGCUGCACUGGCCUUGCGACUUUGACAUCUUCCUCAUGAACGUCUACCCCUACUGCACCUGCAUCAGCUACGUGAACAGCUGCCUCAACCCCUUCCUCUACGCCUUCUUUGACCCCCGCUUCCGCCAGGUGUGCACCUCCAUGCUCUGCUGUGAUCAGACUGGGUGUGGGGGCCCCUCUCACAGCAGCAGUGGGGACAAGUCAGCCAGCUACUCUUCAGGGCACAGCCAGGGACCUGGCCCCAAUAUGGGGAAGGGCGGGGAGCAAAUGCAUGAGAAAUCCAUCCCCUACAGCCAAGAGACACUGGUGGUUGAUUAGAACUGGGAUCGGAGAGCAAUCUGCAGUUCCCGUCUGCUCCAGCCCUUCCCUCUGCUCUCUGAGAAUUAGAGAGCAGUGACUCUGUGUUUGUCUUGCAUUUCACUCUUUCCCGGUCCUCUGCCUCUUGGAUCGGUUCUAUUUUCCCAUUACUCUCCUAUUUUCCCAUUACUCUUUUGUUCUUUCUUAGAGAGAGAGAGAGGGAGAGAGAGAGAGAGAGUGGUGGAAAGAAAUUUGAGCCCUGUAGACAGAGACCUGAGUUGAGCUACUCUGCCUCUGUGAGGAAGACCUUGUAAUCUCUGAGUCUAUGUUUUUGUAUUUGUAUAAAAAGGGGGGGGAUAAUAUGGACCUUAAAAUGUUGAAGUGUGAGUCAUCACUCAAAAAUUAGUUUCCUUCCACCCAUUCCUUAGAUUUCUAAUCCUCUUUGCUUUCCUUGAUUAGUUUUCCCACUUUCUGUGCUAUUUGCCACUUUCUUUUUACUGUUAAUUCUCACCUCCUAGCUCCAACCCCUCUCCAUGAAUAGGUUCUGUGGGGCUCCUAAGGGUUAAGAAUCCUGAAGCUUGUAAAACAGGACUCAGGUCAAGCUCUUAUCCUGUUUUCUGGGAGCCAGCUAGGGCAUGGGCUGGGACUGGGGACAGGCAGGGGGGGGUCAGUAAAGAAUUAGUGCUUCCAGUCCUCAGAGCCUGGAGCUCUGGACCCUUCCCUAAAAUCAGAUCCUGUUCAUUGUCCUUUUAGAGCCAGGGUCUAGAAUGAUUGGGGAGAGCUACCCUCUCAGUGCGAUGCUAAUUUCUACCCUUUUCUCAAGACCAUUUCCUUCUCCACUGUUGUCUGUGAAAAUUAGAAGGUCAUACCCUCGAUGAAACCAGGAGUUCCCAUCUAUGAAUGGGGAGAGUCAGGGAAGGGCCGACAGAGAAAGAGGGGAUGGAGGAGUGUUUGUGUUUAUUCACUACCUUAUGCUGCUUGGCUCUCCCCUCCCCCAAUCCGAAUUCUUCCAGCUCCCUCCAGAACUGUGAACCCCGAGUCUUUCUCUUGUCUUUCUCUCUCACCCCCAUUAUCUCCCAAGCUUUUUUUUUUCUCCCCUGGGCAUUGGUGCUGAGUCACUCGGUUGGGUGAGGAUGCUUGCUUGCUUUUUUUUUGUCUGUAUGAAUAUAUAGGCACAUAUAAAUAGAUGAGCAUCGAGUGGAAAGUGUUCAUGGUUGAAUGGUUUUGGAUGACUGCCCCUUACCCUCAGUGUCCACUGUACCCCUUCUUGUCACCCAGCAGGGACAUGGGCAGGCAUGUAGAAUAGAGAUGAGCCCACUCUCCCCAUCCUCCCCACCCCCUUACUGGAUUUGGGGGGACUCUGGCGGCUGGUCCGUGCGCAGAGGAGCCUAUGUUUGGAUGCACUGAGCGCUCUGCAGGGAGCUCUUUCACAGGAUGUGAUUGCACCCAGAGCCUGGGGGAGUUCUGAUGAGCGGGGUCCUCAUUCCUUCUCCAGUCCCCACAGUGCAAAGAUGAGCAGGGGUAGAUCCCUCCCAGGCCUCCCACCUUGAUUUGAGUAAGUGUUUUUCUAUUUCCCACCUUUCCUGAGUCCGUGGUUCUCAUCCUAAGGCGGGACACCUGCUUGCCACAGGGGAAAGGGGACAGAGUGAGUGCGUUCCUUCUCCACGGUUGCUCCUUCUUUUGUCUUCUCUCGCUGGAUCUGGGGACUGGAGACUGGGCUUAGAAAUGCCACGAGGAGGCGGAUUUUGCCCACUGUCUGCACCACCACCACCACCGGAGACACAUGGAGGAUAAGAUUUAUGUGGGGGCUUGGGGAGCUGGGAAUGGGGUGUGCAUCUUCCUGGUUUUGUUCCUGGAGGACUCUGGAAAUGAAGGACAAGACAGGAAGAACCCAGCUCGAUGUAAAUGGACAGCUUCAACCUUCCCUGGCGCGGGGCCUGCUCUGGGUGCAGGGGGAGGGAGAGAGGGAACAUGGUGUCUUUCAGCUUACUCUCCAUCCUUAGAGACACUUGCUCUGCAGAGGACUGUUUUGAAAGCACCCAUUCCAGGCUGGCGGAGGCUUCUAGAAGCCCAGGAGAUGCCCCUAAACCGCUCCUGAGUGCAUUGCAGACACUUCCUGCCUGGAACUCAUCCAUAGCAGAGGAGACUGCCUUGUCUCCCUCCUCCACUGCUCCCCAUCAGAAUGUCUGGCUAUUCCAUUA